GUCAAAACCCUAAAAACUCCUCUCUCAUCAUUCUUCAGAGCACAGAGAGUACAGAGAUUUAGAGAGAGAGAGAAGAUGCCGGCUGGACAUGGACUGAGGUCCCGGACGAGAGAUCUGUUCUCUCGAGGGUUCCGCAAGAAGGGCACAAUUAAUCUAUCGACGUAUCUUCGCACUUACCACAUCGGUGAGUAUGUCGACAUCAAGGUCAACGGUGCUGUUCACAAGGGCAUGCCCCACAAGUUCUACCAUGGCCGCACUGGUCAGGUCUGGAACGUUACCAAGCGCGCCAUCGGUGUUGAAAUGAACAAGCAGGUGGGUAACAGGAUCAUCCGCAAGCGGAUUCAUGUGCGCAUUGAACAUGUUCAGCCUUCAAGGUGCACCGAAGACUUCAAAUUGCGGAAAAAGAAGAAUGAUAAGCUUAAGGCAGAGGCUAAGGCAAGCGGCGAGGUUAUCAGCACCAAGAGGCAGCCAGAGGGACCCAAACCGGGUUUUAUGGUUGAAGGUGCGACGCUAGAGACUGUCACUCCCAUACCUUAUGAUGUGGUUAACGAUCUAAAGGGUGGCUACUAGAGAGUGCCUCUUUGUCUCAUUUUAUGUGCUGCUGAUUAAAAUUUUGAUUUGUUUUUGAAUACUGUAUGGAAGUGCUUUAUUUUUUUUUAGU